AUGACGACUUCCAUGCAGCAUCCCGAAACCGUGCAGCCUAUGGUUCCCCCCGAUGGAGGAGGGACAAGCCCUUCUAGCGACAGUCAUCUUCGAAUGAAUCGCACGGUCAAUCCUCAUACGUCUGUUGAGGAUUAUAGCCGCGUUAUGCUGGAGUACACACACAACCGGAUGGCGUCCUUCGCCGAUUUGGACGCCGACAAAGGCUCUCCCGUCAGUCGCAGCAGCAGAAGCAGCGCAGGUAGUGGCGAGAGCGGCGACUCGGCGGGCGAUAUGCUUCGUCGAGGCCCUGCACCUACCUCUGCAGGUGUCUCCCACCAUGACUUCGGCGAGCGAGGUGGACGUAAAGCUACCAGAGAUGAUGAGAAAAAACGAUCCAUCUAA